AGGGGCUAUUCACAGUGUCUACAUGAAGAUGAUUCAUCCCUCGCUAAAGAUCAUGAGCAUCUCUCCAUAUGCUCUAUUAUCUAGAGUAAUCUUAGGAAUUCAAGAGGCUGGAAGGUAGCUCACGUGGAGGGGGCAAGCAGUGCAUAAAGACCUGAAUUGGGAGCUAAAUUCUAGAUGUGCUUGAUGGAUCUACACAUGUGGCACUGUGGGAUUGAAUUGUUCUGAAGGAUGAUUGAUGCUGGUUUCUUGUGAGGAUGGAAUUCCAACCCCCACAGUUUCUGUGAUGCGAGUUGCAGCACUGUGGAUUGAUAAGUAGCAUGCAGAUUUAAUUGCACAACCUGCGGAGAAAGCAGUAGGAGUGCUACUUCUUUUCAGCUGCCUAAGUGGACAGAAGUACAGUGUCAUCUAUCUGCAAGGGAAGAUUCUUCAACAGAAUUUUACAGCUAACAAUAGAGACAACAUAGCAUCAUCCACCUUCCUGAUUUACUGUGUAUCACCUUCCAAGACAGAUGGUGUGUCAGAAGCUGGAGGAUGCCUGCAGAGCACAUAAUAAUGAAGUCGUGAAUUGAUACUGCGGCUUCAGCCUAAUUGUCAGGAUCACAGCCGACAGAACUGUGCUGCCCUUUUUCUGCUCUCUUAAUCAGGCCAAAAGCAGCAGGGUGGUCAUGGCUGGCCUCUUUAACAACCUGCUAGUACUGUUUUUUGUUUUUCAAAACAUCUGUGUGGGUUUCAGAAGCCCACUUUCUGUCUUCAAGAGGUACAAAGACACUACCAGAUCUUUUUCCAGUGAAUGCCUUGGAAGUGACCAGCCAGUGAUUUCACUUGGUCUGUCAGAUUUUGCAUUGGACAUUCGCAUGCCUAGUGUGACACCUAAGCAGUCUGAUACCUACCUCUGCAUGUCAGCUCCCCUGCCAGUGGAUGAUGAAGCUUACGUAGUUGACUUUAAGCCUCAUGCCAGCAUGGACACUGUCCAUCACAUGUUGCUCUUUGGAUGUAAUGAACCUUCUUCUACUGAAAAUUACUGGGACUGUGAUGAAGGAACAUGCAAAGACAAAUCUAAUAUUUUGUAUGCUUGGGCAAGAAAUGCGCCACCCACCAGGCUACCCGAAGGUGUUGGAUUCAGAGUUGGAGGAGAAACAGGUGGCAGAUUUUUUGUGCUCCAGGUGCACUAUGGAGAUAUUAGUGCAUUUAGAGACAAACACAAGGACUGCUCUGGUGUAACUUUACAUCUGACGCAUCAGAAGCAGCCUUUGAUUGCUGGAAUGUAUCUUAUGAUGUCUGUGAACACUGUAAUACCGCCAGGCGAGAAAGUGGUUGAUGCAGACAUUGCUUGCCAUUACAAAAGGUUUCCAAUGCACCUUUUUGCCUACAGAGUUCAUACACACAGAUUAGGUAAAGUAGUGAGUGGAUACAGAGUGAGAAAUGGUCAAUGGACAUUGAUUGGUAGACAGAGUCCACAACUACCACAGGCAUUCUAUCCAGUAGAACGUCCUGUGGAAGUUAGCUAUGAUGAUACCCUAGCAGCUAGAUGUGUUUUCAGUGGUGAAGGCAGAACUACAGAGACACACAUAGGGGGAACAGCCAAUGACGAAAUGUGUAAUUUUUACAUUAUGUACUAUAUGGAAGCGAAGCAUGCAGUCUCAUAUAUGACCUGCACACAGAAUGCAAACCCUGAGUUGUUCAGAAAUAUACCACAGGAGGCAAAUGUCCCUAUUCAAAUCAUGUCUGAUAUGCUAAAGAUGACACAUGGACACCAUGAAGAAACCAAGGACAGUGAUAAAAGUUCCUUGCUGAAGCAAGUGGAAAAAGAAGAGGAAGAGAUUUUGGAGCAGAGCGAUUUCUAUUCACUCCUUUCCAAGCUGCUAGGAGAAAGGGAAGAUGUUGUGCAUGUGUAUAAGCAUAACCCUACAGAAAAGGCAGAAUCAGAUCUUGUAGCUGAGAUUGCUAAUGUAGUCCAAAAGAAGGACCUUGCCAGAGAGAUCACAAAUCAUGACGAGAGGGACAGUACUAAUCUUGUCAGAGACAGAAUUCAGUCUGAACAUGGCGAGGAAAGCUGGGAAAAAGAACAUACAGGAGAUUUUCACAUAGAAGAAGCUGUGGAGUGGCCUGGGUUAGACCUCAAACUUGGCCAAGUUUCUGGAUUGGCUCUGGAUGCUGAAAAUAACCUAGUUAUCUUCCACAGAGGUGACCAUGUUUGGGAUGAAAAUUCUUUUGACAACACGUUUGUUUAUCAACAAAGAGGACUUGGACCAAUUGAACAGAGCACAAUUCUUGUCCUGCAUACAAGUAAUGCAAAACUGCUUCAGUCAUUGGGCAAAAGCCUAUUUUAUUUACCACAUGGUUUGAGCAUAGAUAAAAAUGGUAACUACUGGGUCACCGAUGUAGCUCUCCAUCAGGUACGUUUACAUUAGCUUUAAUGGUAUCAUCAUAAUAUUUUGACAAAAAAUGUUUUUGUUUUCCUAGAGAUU